UGCUUUGGUUCCUGUGAGGUUAUCUUGUGGUCUUGUAUGAUGUCAGACAGCUCCUGUGUGCCCGGGACCCCUCGGCGCCUGAUGCCUCUGGCCCUCAGGGGAGAAUGGACGGCACUGGAACAGAAGCUCAAGACGCUGGAGAAAGGAGAUCCGGAGAUCCUCCAGCUCGACGAGGAGUCUGGCUUGAGCCUCCUGAUGGUCGCGGUGCGAGAGAGCCGUCUGUCUAUCGUUGACAGGUUGCUGGAACUGGGGAUCAAUCCAAGUGACAAAACGAAGGAUGGCAGAUCAGCAUUACACAUUGCUGCAGCUCACUCCAAAGACGAGAUCGUCAAACUACUGGCCAGAAAAACUGAUCCCAAUUUACCAGCAGGGCCCAGUGAUCAGUUGCCCCUGCACUACGCAGCGUCUCGACCCACCGGAGGACUUGGAGUUGUGCAGACUCUGCUCAAGUUCAGCAGCAAAGAUGCUCGUCUUAUACCAGACAAGGAUGGCUGCCUUCCGCUGCUGCUGGCUGUCGAAGCUGGGAAUGUUGUGAUUGUUCGGGAACUCCUCUCCGGCCAAUCCGAGCCGCAGCUCAGAGCCAUGAAGGCAGCAAACGGUGACACUGCGCUUCACAUCUGCUGCAGACGGAAAGAUGUUGAGAUGGCCAAAGUCCUGGUGGAAUUUGGGGUGAAUCCGGACUCUCAGAAUAAUGAAUGGCAGACUCCUCUGCACAUCGCUGCUCUGGAAGGAGACGAGAACAUGCUGAAGUUUUUAUACCACUGCAAGGCCAGUCCCAACAUCUUAGACAAGAUGGACAGAUCUCCUCUACACAUCGCCGCAGAGCAGGGACACACCAGUGCAGUCGAGAUCCUCACCGAGAAGUUCAGGUCAUGUGUGUUAGCAAGAACAAAGGACGGCAACACACUUUUGCAUAUCGCAUCUCAGUGUGGUCACCCUGCAACCGCUCUCACGCUACUGAGGAAAGGCGUCUCGCUGCACAUGCCCAACAAGUCAGGGGCGGUUUGUCUUCACGCCGCGGCUAAGAGAGGACACACGGCUGUAGUGAAGGCUCUGCUCCAGAAGGGGGCGCAUGUGGACGCCACGGCUAAAGACGGACAGACGGCGCUUCACAUCGCGGUGGAGAACUGCAAGCCGCAGGUGGUGCAGAUGCUGCUGGGAUUCGGGGCAAAUAUGCAGCUCAGAGGAGGAAAGGUGCAGGAAGCCCCUCUGCACAUCGCAGCGAGAGUGAAGGAAGGUGAACGGGCGGCUGAAAUGCUUCUGAAGAGCGGAGCCGAUGUGAAUGCAGAGCAGGAGAACGGAGAGACCGCUAUGCAUGUAGCCGCGCGUCACGGCGCUCUGCAGAUGAUACGAGCGCUGAUCCAGGAGGGUGGAGAUGUGACCUGGAAGUCUAAGGUUGGUGAAAACCCUCUACUGGUUGCGGUGCGUCACUGUCACGCUCGCGUGGUGGAGGAGGUUUUAAACUCUCUGACCAAUGAGAGGAGCCGUCAGGAGGCGGAGCUCUGUGUGCGUGAAGGGAACCAGAAGAGCGAGACGCCGCUGCACCUGGCAGCUGAGCUCAGGAGCGACGCCGUGCAUCAGCCAGACGAGGACACCUGCAUCAUCAAGUUCCUGAUGGAGUAUCACGCUGACGUCACCGCCGUCACCCGACAGAGUGGAGAGACGCCUCUUCAUUACAGCGCCAGGGUGGGAAACACCGCUGUGCUUCAGGAGAUGCUCAGUAACGUCCCCUCCAACCAGCUCCAGACCGCCAUCAACAAACACGCCAAGAACGGCUGGUCGCCGCUGCUGUUGGCCGCAGAGCAGGGUCACACAGAGGUCGUGAAGAUCCUGCUGCAGAACAAUGCCAGAGUGGACGUGUUUGAUGAGGAGGGGAAGGCUGCCAUUCAUCUGGCUGCAGAACAAGGUCAUCAAGACAUCGUGGACAUCCUGCUGGCCCAUAAGGCCUUUGUGAACGCCAAGACCAAACUGGGCCUGACGCCUCUGCACCUCAGCACUCAGAGCGGCUCGGCGCAGCUCGUCAGGCUACUGGUGGAGACCCAUCAGGCCAGUGUUGAUGCUCUCUCUCUGAGAAAGCAGACGCCUCUGCAUCUGGCAGCCAUCAGCGGACAGCUGGACGUUUGCAGCAGCCUGUUAAACCUGAAAGCUGACAUCACUGCUACAGAUAUUCGCGGUCAGACUCCUCUUCAUCUGGCGGCGGAGAACGAUCACUCGGAGGUGGUGAAGCUGUUUCUGAGGCAGCAGCCUGAAUUAGCCAUGCUAGCUAACAUGGAGGGAGCGACCUGCACACACAUGGCUGCGGCUAAAGGCAGCGUAGCCGUCAUUAAAGAACUGCUGCUGUUUAAUCAAGGAGGACCGGUCACACUCAACAACAAGGCUAAUGGUUUGUGUCCGCUGCAUUUGGCUGCUGCUGGCGGUCAUACGGAGGUGGUGAAAGUUCUUCUGGAUGCUGGAGCAUCAGUGAUGGAGGAGGACGCCGAGGGCAUGACGGCCAUACAUUUGGCUGCCAAGAAUGGACACACUCAUAUUCUGGAGGUGCUGAAAGGCAGCGUUUCGCUGAAGAUCCAGAGCUCCAAGACGGGUUUAACGGCUCUGCACGUGGCAGCCUGUUUCGGACAAGUGGACUUUGUGAGAGAGAUCCUGACUAAAGUUCCAGCUACAAUACGCAGUGAAUUCCCCACCAACAGCAGCGGCAAAGACGACGUAAAGAGACAACAGCCGUUAGCUGAGUCAGGUUACACUCCUCUACACCUGGCGGCUCAGUCCGGUCAUGAGAAUGUGGUUCGCCUGUUGCUGAAUUCUCCUGGGGUUCAGGCCGAUGCAGAAACAAACAUUCAGGGCUCCAGUCCUCUGCACCUGGCGGCGCAGAGUGGACACACGGCUGUGGUCGGGCUGCUGAUCAGCCGCUCUGGAUCUCUGCUGCACCUGACCGACAAACGCGGAUGUACCUGUCUGCAUCUGGCCGCCGCACACGGACACGUGGCCAUGGUGAGAGUCCUGCUGGGACAAGGAGCGGAGAUCAACCACACGGACACGAGUGGCUGGACGGCGCUGCAUUACGCGGCUAAAGCCGGCUGUCUGGAGGUGGUGUCGUUCCUGGUGGAGAGCGGAGCAUCGGCGUGUGUCGAAUGUCAUGCCGGAUGGACGCCGCUGCAGUACGCGGCUCAGGAAAACCACGAGGAAACCGUCAUCUUCCUGCUGAGACGAGAGAAGAACACACUCCGACUGCUGGACGACAAGAAGUUUGUGUUCAAUCUGAUGGUGUGCGGCCGGAUGAAUGAUAAUGUGGCUCUGGAGGAGUUGGUUCUUCAUUCUCCGGCUCCUCUGGACACGUGCGUCCGUCUGUCGCGAGCUCUGACUCUGGCUGCGCUCAGAGAGAAGGAGCGCUCUGUCGACCUGCAGGCCGCCGCGCAUCACUGUGAGCUCAUGGCCUCUGACCUCCUGACCCUCGCUGCUUCAGCCGGGGGCCACGGUGCGUGCCCCAUCCUCAGGGCUGUGGACCACCGGGGUGCCAGCGUGCUGGACUGCCUGAUCGAGGGCCGGCAGAAGGGUGUGGUGUCCCAUCCGGCGGUGCAGACGUACCUGACGGAUGUGUGGCAUGGAAGCCUGCAGUGGGAUUCAUGGAAGAUCCUGCUGCUGUUCUUCUGUUUGCUGCUCUUCCCUCCGCUGUGGGUGGUGCUCUCACUGCCACUCAGACACAGCUUUAACACCAUCCCAAUCGUGAAGUUCAUGAGUCACCUGGUGUCGCACGUCUUCCUGUUGGCUCUGUUCAUCCUGACGAUCGUGUAUCCGCCCGUGAGUCCUCUGUCCGAGGGCCGUCUGGUUCCCGGCUGGUCAGAGUGCCUGUUGCUGAUCUGGCUCUGUGGGAUGCUGGUAUCUGAGCUGACGUUUCCAGGUGAGCGCGUCGGAUUAGCGUGGAUUCGUCUUCUUCUCCUGGGCUUCUCCGCCGCGGCUCUGCUGUGCCACCUGCUGGCGGUCUUCACCCAAUGGUGGCCGCCGUCGCACCUGCACUGCCUGUUUGCCCGAAACGUCCUGCUGGCCGUGGCGAUGAUGCUGGCGUUCAUCCAGCUGCUGGAGUUCCUCACGUUCCAUCACUUAUUCGGCCCGUGGGCCAUAAUCAUCCGAGACCUGAUGAAGGAUCUGUGUCGGUUCGCUGUGAUCCUCAUGUUGUUCCACACCGCCUUCACGCUGAGUCUCACCGCUUUGUGUCAGCCGCUGUAUCCUCAAGAUUGGGACAACAGCAAUGGUAAUGUGACCAUUCCGGAUCCUUUAAACAUGUCUGUGCUGCUCUUCUUCGCCCUGUUUGGUUUAACCGAACCAGAUAAAAUUCCCAACUUGGAGCGCUCGCCUCCCGCCACGGCCGUUUUGGCUAAAAUGGUGUUUGGCGUGUAUCUGGUGGUGACGUGCAUCGUGUUGAUCAACCUGCUCAUCGCCAUGAUGAGCGACACGUACCAGCGCAUCCAGGCUCAGUCCGACACGGAGUGGAAGUUUGGCCGCGCCGUUCUGAUCCGCGAUAUGAGCCGCAAGUCUGGAGUUCCGUCUCCGUUCAACCUGUUCACCAACCUGUUCUACUCCAUCAAGAUUCUCUGCAAACGCGCAGGGAAGAUCUGCUCUGUGGAGUGUCGUAAUGUGAUGAAUGAGGAUGAAGACACUGAAGGUUUGACAGGCUCUCGUUCUCUAGAGCUGCUGGCUCAAGCAUCUGUCAGCUGUGUCAGAGGAAACAAGAGGACGCAGAUCCUUCCCGAGGGCGGUCAGAUGACGAUGUCCAUGUCUGGAGGACAGGUGCGCGUGGAGAACGUUGUGGAUUGGCCAUCUGUGGUCCAGCAGUUUUUAGCCCAGCGCAGACAGAGGGACAGAUCACCGCCGGAGAGAGACGAAUGAAUGACCGACGGUUUCACCAUGACAGAUGAAUUUGCACUGCCUAUGAACAUCAGUCCACCCACCUGAGCCCACAUCACUUCAACUUCCUGUUUAAUUAACACCGUUAGCUUUAGCGUAUCACAGCAUGUUCCUUUAUCUGAUAUUCACUCCUCACUAGUCACUUUAAUCAAAGAUGUCAUUUACACUAGGAGUCAAAAGUUUGGGGUCAGUAAGAUUUUUGUAGUGUUUUUGAAAGAAGUCUCUUCCGCU